AUGACGCGCAGCAGCGAUCAAGACCUCUCCCUCGUCAAUUCAGAUGUUUCCGAGAUCCCGCCGCUUCUCAAAACGCUCAAUGAGCUGAAUAAGAUCGACAUUAUCGGGAUUGAGAAGCACACUGGCGGCUUGUGGGACGAGCUGCACGCCAACUUUGCCAACAACAGAGACUCCUCCAUCACCGGCGGCGCCGGCUUCAUUGUCUGA